AUGACAGUCCGUGACGCACUCAAUGUUGCUAUGGAGGAAGAGAUGAUGCGCGACGAGACCGUCUUCAUUCUCGGUGAAGAGGUAGCCCGCUACAACGGUGCCUAUAAGGUCACCAAAGGUCUUCUUGACAAGUUCGGCGAAAAGCGUGUCGUUGAUACUCCCAUCACUGAGAUGGGUUUUGCCGGUAUCGCUGUCGGUGCUGCACUCUCAGGUCUACGACCAAUAUGCGAGUUCAUGACCUUCAACUUCGCCAUGCAAGCCAUUGACCAGAUCGUCAACUCUGCUGGAAAGACUUAUUACAUGUCCGGUGGAAACGUACCCUGUCCUGUAGUUUUCCGUGGCCCCAACGGUGCAGCCUCUGGUGUCGGUGCUCAGCACUCCCAAGACUAUGCAGCGUGGUAUGGCUCAAUUCCCGGCCUCAAGGUUGUCAGCCCUUGGAGCGCAGAGGAUUGCAAAGGUCUUCUCAAGGCCGCCAUCCGGGAUCCUAACCCAGUCGUAUUCCUCGAGAAUGAGAUGAUGUACGGUGUCACCUUCCCCAUGUCUUCUGAAGCCAUGUCAGACAACUUCACUCUUCCCAUCGGCAAGGCCAAGGUCGAGCGCGAAGGAGCCGAUAUUACCAUUGUGGCACACAGCAAGAUGGUCACCCACAGUCUAGAGGCUGCCGACCUUUUGGCCAAGGAGGGCGUCAAGGCCGAGGUUAUCAACCUCCGUAGCAUCCGUCCUCUGGAUAUUGACACCAUCAAGGCAUCAGUCAAGAAGACCAACCGUCUUCUUAUAGUCGAGGGUGGUUUCCCCGCCUUCGGUGUUGGUAGCGAAAUCUGUGCACAGAUCAUCGAGAGCGAAGCCUUUGACUACCUGGAUGCUCCGGUUGAGCGGGUAACUGGUGCUGAUGUACCUACACCGUAUGCCACCAACCUGGAGGCACUUGCAUUCCCCGACACACCUCUGAUCGUCAAGGUCGCCAAGCGGGCACUUUACAGGACCAACUAG